UUUCAUAAGUUUGAGGGAUAUUAAUUGCUCAUACUUAUUCAUAACAAUCUCAAGAUUACUAAUUAUUGUCAAUCUUAUUUUAGAUAUAUCCUGGCAUACUUGGUUAGUUGGGGUAGGGGCAGAGACCAUGAUAGUAAAUGCAAAAUUCAGGGCAAAUAGUUGCUAGGGAACCAACAGAAGGUUACACCUUUGACAAAAGGUUAAUCUGCUUCACAGUGUAGUGGGUGGAAAAUGUUAAGUAUAAACAGCUUUACAUAAUCUUUUUUCCAUUUAAGAUCAUAUUACUCGUUAUAUUAUGCUUAUCCACCUAGGAUUUAUUUACAUUCGGCUUCUUCCUAAUGUCAAAUGAGUGCUGUUAAAGUUCCUCCAGGAAACUUCAGCAGAGAAAAACAUUUGCUUCACAUCUCAUCAAAUCUUCUGCAUCAAGCCACAUCAUGUUAAACAACCUUCUGCUGUUCUCCCUUCAGAUAAGUCUCACAGGAACCACUCUUGGUGGGAAUGUUUUGAUUUGGCCAAUGGAAGGUAGUCAUUGGCUAAAUGUUAAGAUAAUUAUAGAUGAGCUCAUUAAAAAGGAGCAUAAUGUGACUGUCCUAGUUGCCUCUGGUGCACUUUUCAUCACACCAGCCUCUAACCCAUCUCUGACAUUUGAAAUAUAUAAGGUGCCCUUUGGCAAAGAAAGAAUAGAAGGAGUAAUUAAGGACUUCGUUUUGACAUGGCUGGAAAAUAGACCAUCUCCUUCAACCAUUUGGAGAUUCUAUCAGGAGAUGGCCAAAGUAAUCAAGGACUUCCACAUGGUGUCUCAGGAGAUCUGUGAUGGCGUUCUUAAAAACCAACAGCUGAUGGAAAAGCUAAAGAAAAGCAAGUUUGAAGUCCUGGUGUCUGAUCCAGUAUUUCCUUGUGGCGAUAUAGUAGCUUUAAAACUUGGAAUACCAUUUAUGUACUCCUUGAGGUUUUCUCCAGCCUCAACAGUGGAAAAGCACUGUGGGAAGGUACCAUACCCUCCUUCCUAUGUUCCUGCUGUUUUAUCAGAACUCACCGACCAAAUGUCUUUCACUGACAGAAUAAGAAAUUUCAUCUCCUACCACCUACAGGACUACAUGUUUGAAACUCUUUGGAAAUCAUGGGAUUCAUACUAUAGUAAAGCUUUAGAUGGUAGCCAUUGGUUAAAUAUUAAGAUUAUUCUAGAAGAGUUGAUUCAAAGAAAUCACAAUGUGACUGUACUGGCUUCAUCAGCAACUCUAUUCAUCAACUCCAAUCCCGAUUCUCCUGUGAAUUUUGAAGUGAUACCUGUUUCCUACAAGAAGAGCAAUAUAGAUUCCUUAAUUGAGCAUAUGAUAAUGCUGUGGAUUGACCAUAGACCAACUCCUCUCACAAUAUGGGCUUUCUACAAAGAACUAGGAAAACUUCUAGACACUUUCUUUCAAAUUAACAUACAACUCUGUGAUGGUGUACUAAAGAACCCAAAGUUGAUGGCAAGACUUCAGAAAGGUGGUUUUGAUGUGUUGGUAGCAGACCCAGUAACAAUCUGUGGUGAUCUUGUUGCUCUGAAAUUAGGAAUUCCAUUUAUGUACACAUUGAGGUUCUCUCCAGCAUCAACAGUGGAGAGACACUGUGGGAAAAUCCCAGCACCAGUCUCCUAUGUACCGGCAGCCUUAUCAGAGCUCACUGACCAGAUGACCUUUGGUGAAAGGAUUAAAAAUACCAUAUCUUAUUCUCUGCAAGACUAUAUAUUUCAGUCCUACUGGGGAGAAUGGAAUUCAUACUAUAGCAAAAUUUUAGGAAGACCCACUACGUUAUGUGAGACUAUGGGGAAAGCUGAAAUUUGGUUAAUCCGAACAUAUUGGGAUUUUGAAUUUCCUCGUCCAUACUUACCUAAUUUUGAGUUUGUUGGAGGAUUGCACUGCAAACCUGCCAAACCUUUACCUAAGGAAAUGGAAGAAUUUAUCCAGAGCUCAGGUAAAGAUGGUGUUGUGGUGUUUUCUCUGGGAUCAAUGGUCAAAAACCUUACAGAAGAAAAGGCCAAUCUUAUUGCCUCAGCCCUUGCCCAGAUUCCACAGAAGGUUUUAUGGAGAUACAAAGGAAAGAAACCAGCCACAUUAGGAAACAAUACUCAGCUCUUUGAUUGGAUACCCCAGAAUGAUCUUCUUGGACAUCCCAAAACCAAAGCUUUUAUCACUCAUGGUGGAACUAAUGGGAUCUACGAAGCUAUUUACCACGGAGUCCCUAUGGUGGGAAUUCCCAUGUUUGCUGAUCAGCCUGAUAACAUUGCUCACAUGAAGGCCAAAGGAGCAGCUGUGGAAGUGAACCUAAACACAAUGACAAGUGUGGAUUUGCUUAGCGCUUUGAGAACAGUCAUUAAUGAACCUUCUUAUAAAGAGAAUGCUAUGAGGUUAUCAAGAAUUCACCAUGAUCAACCUGUAAAGCCCCUGGAUCGAGCAGUCUUCUGGAUCGAGUUUGUCAUGCGCCACAAAGGAGCCAAGCACCUUCGGGUUGCAGCCCACAACCUCACCUGGUUCCAGUACCACUCUUUGGAUGUAAUUGGGUUCUUGCUGGUCUGUGUGACAACGGCUAUAUUUUUGGUCAUACAAUGUUGUUUGUUUUCCUGUCAAAAAUUUGUUAAGAUAGGAAAGAAGAAAAAAAGAGAAUAGGUCAAGAAAAAGAGGAAAUAUAUAUAUUUUUAAGUUUGGCAAAAUCCUGAGUAGUGUAGUCCUAUUAAUUCCAGACAAAAGGAGUUUAACAAAAACGCAUCUCCCAUCCCGUUUCCAAAUUUUCUAUUUCUCUACCUGCGAUAAGCCUACUGAUAAAGCCUUGAUUUUGGCAUGAUUAUUAUUAACUUGUGAGUUAUAGUCUUCUAUUUUUCCUUUGUCUCUCCCUGCUGACUACACCCUCUUCCUUUCACUUUUCUGACACAAGGAUACUACCUAAUUUUAAAUAUGUUCUAUUCAUAGUAUCAAAUUAUUUUAUAGUUAACCUUAAUUAAUGAUUAACAAUAUGCGGAAUCCUGGUAAUGCAUACAGUGUAGAUGGAAUUUGAUAGGUGUAAGGAAGAGUCAAAUUCACAAAUUUCCAUAUACCAAACAAAUCAGGGAGCCACCAUAGGAGAGUAGUGUGUUAUGAGAAAGGUAAUGAUUUCCUUUUUUAAUAAAAACAAACUCUUCUGCUUGCUCAAUGUUUCAGGAGUUAGAGAAUGAAUUUUAAGUGUGACAUGCGUCCCUAUUAAAUGUCUACAAAAUUUUCAUUAAGCAUAUCUAGAAAAUCAAGGCAUAACUUGCCUGCCUUUCUUCAACAUAUAUUCUUAUAUAACCUGUAGUGGAAGAUUUGGGUACUAUCUUUAAUAAAUCAAUCAAUCGACUCUUUUAUUUCAAGGAGAAAGUUCUAUGUUAUAUGUUGAAGGUGAACAGAUCAUAUUUAGAGGACAUAACAAUUAGAAAUCUAGAAAAUAAUGAUCACUUUUAUAAAAUUUUAGUUAACUGUACAAAUAAUUACAUGAAACAUCAAUUAUGCUUAAAAUCACUAAUGUUCAUAAUAUAUAAUCACUAUUUGUAAUCAAAAGUUUAAUUUUAUGCCAAAAAAUAAAAAAUGCUUACUUGGAAUUUGAUAGCAUUGCAUUAUUUUUGUCUUUAUCUUCCACAAAUUUAAAUUUAUCAAUUAAUUGUUAUGCUAUGUAUAUAAAAGACUAAGAGCUUCACCAAGGAUAUGGCAUAAUAAAUGUUUAUCAACGGAAAGCACUAGUUGAAGGCAAAUACUUUUACUUGAUUCAACCUUGCAUUAAUUUAAUAAAUAUAUUAAAGAUUUUGCUUUCUUUACCCUUUAUAAAUCUAAUGAUCUUUCUAGCUAAAGUGUUAAUUUCAAUAUUUGAAAUUGAGAAGAUAAAUUACAUUCCUUGCCUUAGUAACAUUUUUGAAAUUCUUCUUUCUUUCACUGUUUCUUUUUUCAAUUUUAUGUUAAGUUCCAGGAUACAUGUGCAAGUUUGUUACAUAGUAAACGUGUGCCAUGGUGGUUUGCUGCACCUAUCUGCCCGUCACCUAGGUAUUAAGCUUAGCAUACAUUAGCUACAGGCAUAUAGCUAGGCAUAUACUCAAUUUUAAUAGUUUGUAAAAUCUAGAAAUAUAGCCAAACAUAGAGUCAACUGAUAUUUGACAAGAAUGCAAAACUAUACAAUGGAGAAAAAACAAUAUGUUUAACAAAUACCAGUGGGCAAACUGAUUAUCAAUAUUCAAAAGAAUAAAAUUGAACCCCUUACCUCAUGCCAUAUAUAAAAAUGGACUCAAAAUAGAUUAAAAAAAAAACCUAAAUGUAAGAUCAAGAACUAUAAAACUCUCAGCAGGAAGAAUAUGGGUAUAGCUUUCUUUCUAACCCUGAAUUUUGCAAGGUUUUUAGAUAUGACACCAAAAGCAGAAGCAAUCAAAUUAAAAUUGAUAAAUUGGACUUCACUGAAAUCAAAAUUUUUGUACAUCCAAACACCAGCACUAAAGUCUGAAGAGAAACCAGACUUUGGAGGAUAUAGUUGCAAAUUACAUAUAUGGUAAAUGACUUGUGUAAGACAUUUGUAGAGAAAGCUUACAGCUCAAUGAUGAAAAAAAUGACCCAAUCCAAAAAUGUGCAUAAGAUCUGAACAGGCAUUUCUCUAAGGAAUAUGUAAAUGUCCAAUGAGGACAAAUGAGCAAAUGUAAUGUCCAAUAAGAACAAAUGAAAAAAUGCUCGGCAUCAUUAAGUUCAACAUUAUUGCAGGAAAAUGUAAGUAAAAACCACAAUGAGAUACCACUUCACCCUCGCUAACAUGGCUAUUAUCAAAAAGAUAAGUAAUUAAAAGUGUUGGCAAGGAUGUGGAGAAUUUGGAAUCUUCAUACUUUGCUUGUGUGUAUCAAAAAUUAUUCAGGCACUUUGAAACAAUCUGCCAGUUUAUUAAAAGUUUAAACACAGAGUUACAAUAUGACCCAGCAAUUCUACCUCUAGUAAUAUACCAGAGACAAAUGGCAAUAGGUGUAUACAAAAUUAAUACUUGCAUGUUGAUAAACAACGUCUAAACCAAAACUGGAAGGAAAACUACAGUUCAUCACUGAUAAAUGAAUAAACAAUAUGUUGUAGAAUAUUAUUUGGCAAUAAAAAUAAUAAAGUCUUGAUGCAUGCUAUACCAUUAAUUAAACUUUUUAAAACAUUAUACUAAGUAUAGAUGCCAAACAACAAAGAUCCUUCAUAUAACAAUAUGUCCCUUCAUAUGAAAUGCUCUUAAUAGGAAAAUUGAUAGAGAUAAAAAAUAAGUUAGUGUUUGCCUAAAAUGCAGGAUAAGGAAUAGCUAAGGGUGCAGUGUUUCUUUUGGUGGGUGAUAAAAUACUCUAAAUCUUGUUGUUCCCGUUGUUGAAACAUUCUAUGAAUAUAUGAGGAACCACUGAAUUGUAUAUUAAAAACUUUUUUUUGGAAGACAGUAUUGCAAUUUCCACUCUUUGCAGCCUCAACCUCCUGGACUCAUGUCAUCCUCCCUCGUCAGCUUCCCAAGUAGCUGGGACUGCAUGUGCACACCACCACAGCCAGCUAAUUGUUUGUUUUGUUUUUGUUUUUUUGUUUUUUUUUGUAGAGACGAGGAUUCACUGUGUUGCCCAUGUUGAUAUCAAACCUCUGGGUUUAAGCGACCCACCUUCCUGGGUUUCACAAAGUACUGGGAUUACAGACAUGAGCCAUUGCACCCAGCCAUUGAAUUGUACACUUUAAAUUGAUAAAUGUGUGAUUUGUAUGUGUACAAAUUUUUUACACACAAAAGUAUCUUGAACCGUGACAUCUAAGAAAUGGUAAUUCAGCUGUAUAAUUACUUUAUCUCCAGUUCUGUGUCAAGGGGACUGCAGACCAAGAAGUCUCCAUUUCUCACUGUACUUGACACGUCACAAACCUCUUACAUGACUUAGGUGUCUAGAACACACAAGUUCAACUCUUACUGGGGAGUAAAACACUUGUAAUUUUAAAAGACACAGUAACACACACUUGUAAGCAUGAGGCCAUCUACCUUUUCUUGAUCCAUUUGCCAUCCAGAAACUGUGAUUGUUCAUAUAAUGUAUUUACUUUGACAUUGCUAUGGUUGGAAUGUGUCCUUUCCAAAAUUCAGGUGUUGCCAAUGUGACAGAUUAUGUGGAGGGGCCUCUAAGAGGUGAUAUUGCCUUCUUCGUGAAUGGGAUGAAGGUCUUUAUAAAAGAGGCUUCAAGCAGCAUUCAGCAGGCUUGCUUUUCUGCUACUUGAAGAUACAGAAGUGGUCACUUUUGCCAUUCCACUUCCACCAUGUGAGGAUGCAGCAAGAAGGCUUUCCCUAGAUACCAGCAUCUUGAUCUUUAACUUGCCAGCCUCCAGAACUGUGGGAAAACAAUUUCUGUUCUUGGUAAAUUAUCCAGUCUCAGGUAUCUUGUUAUAACAGCAAGGCUGGGUAAGCCAGAUGUGUUGGAGUUUUAUUUUAAAUUCUUGAUGAUUUCUCCUUAGUUAGAAGCAACAGAUGCAUAGAGAAAUAAGCAUUGCAUUUAACUAGAAUGUCUAUGAAAUGAACUUCAGUUUUGCUUCCCCUACAGUUGAGUUGUUACUUUACGUAGAGGAGUUGUGGAAAGGUGCUGGUAAAAUGUAGACACUGGAUCAAUAUGAAGUGAAUUGAGAACUGGAUGAACUCACUUCAUAUGAAGUGAGUAUUGAAUAAACUUGUCUAGAGAGAUCAUGAGAUGACUGUUCUAGACCUUUGUCUUCCAUUUUCCUUGAUCUCAGUAGACUAUCUAGUAUUAAAUUUGAACUUUUUUAUGCAUAUUGCACUAAAGAUGGAUUGUAGAAUUUUUUGACAGGAUAGAUCAAUGCAUAAAAGAUGUACCCAAAGAUACAUUUUGGACAGAUAUUGCACCACUGCAAAACAGUUACAGGGAUAUUGUGAUUGUUAUGAAAAUCUUUCUAAAAAUUUGGUUUUGAACAAUAAACUUAAAAAGAAAACCUACAAA